UCUAUUCAUUUUCAUUGUGCAGCUAAAACAGUGGCGGAUGUCCCCUUUAGCAGGCAGACGCAGGAAUGAACAGAGAGGAAGCAUCUCUCUCCACUCCGAUGCGCUUUCUUGAAAUUGAGCAGCGCAUCUUUCAGGCACCUUCCAGCGCUGGUUAGAGCAGACUCUCUGCAGCUCACCUUCAGAACCGGUGCUGAGGAAGAAAAAGAGGCAAUGUUCACUCCACAUAUCAUGGUGACAGUGAGCUCAGUGUGUGUUUGAUUGUUUUGAGGACAGCAAUCUCCACUCUGACCAAUACAAUCCACUCGCUGUCUUAAACCGAAAAUUACAAGCAGCUGACAUCCCUGUUUCACUCUGAUCGCAAGAGCCAUGGCCUUCACCCUGUCAGAGAUCAUGGCAGCGAGGCGGCAGCAGUCCCAGGCUCAGUCACACACUCAGAGAGGCAACAGGGCGGCUGUUGAGGUAGACGAGUACAGCACCAACCCCACUCAGGCCUUCACCUUCUACAACAUCAACCAGGGACGCUUCCAGCCUCCUCAUGUCCACAUGGUAGACCCGAUGCCCCACGACACUCCCAAACCACCAGGCUACACACGCUUUGUGUGCGUUUCGGACACUCAUUCACGCACAGAUGCCAUCCAGAUGCCAUACGGGGAUGUGUUUAUCCAUGCUGGAGACUUCACUGAGCUUGGGCUACCUUCUGAGGUUAAAAAGUUCAAUGACUGGUUAGGUACAUUACCCUACGACAUCAAAAUUGUUAUUGCCGGAAACCAUGAAUUGACCUUCGAUCAGGAGUUUAUGGCAGACCUCAUCAAACAGGACUUCUACUACUUCCCCUCAGCCUCCAAGCUAAAGCCUGAGAAUUAUGAGAACGUCCAGUCGCUGCUCACCAACUGCAUCUACCUGCAGGACUCCGAGGUCACCGUGCGAGGCUUCAGGAUCUAUGGUUCUCCAUGGCAACCGUGGUACUAUGGCUGGGGCUUCAACUUGCCGCGGGGUCAGGCUCUUCUUGACAAAUGGAACCAGAUUCCGGACAGCACAGACAUCCUGGUCACACAUUGCCCUCCACUGGGCUUUCUGGACUGGGUUCCUAAAAAGAUGCAACGCGUUGGAUGCAUGGAGCUGCUAAACACCGUUCAGAGAAGAGUCCAGCCCAAAUUACACGUGUUUGGACACAUUCAUGAAGGAUAUGGCAUGAUGACAGACGGCACUACAACGUUCAUCAAUGCUUCAGCCUGCACUGUUAACUUCCUGCCUAUGAACCCACCUAUCGUAUUUGACCUUCCCAAUCCCAGGACCACAUGACUAGAAAAGGCUGUACCCCAAACCACAACCGUCAGUGAAGAGAAAGGAGCUCGAAGAGAAAAUUGAGUUUGUAGGGCUGGACAGAUGAAGUUUUGUAAAUAUAAUACUAGUGUGUGUUUCACAGAAUGUGAUUGUGGCAGAUGGAUGCUUCCUCAGGCUUUCACCAUUAUUUCAUGUGCCAUAACUACUUCUUCAUGUAAAAAUACUGAGAUGCAGAUGCAUGAACUCAUGGAGAGACACAUUAUUAUGUAGACAAUUAACAUUUCUGUGUCAUUGCUGCACUGACAAUCUGAUGCUGCUGUUGGAGACAAAAGGAACAUUAUUGUCACUUCAUUAAAAUGAACAGUGAAACAGUCCAAAUUCUCAUCUACAUGAGAGCUUUGGCUGAGCAGCAAUGAAACAUUUGCCAAGAGGAUUUCACACCACUCUUUCUACUUUUCAACUUUAUUUUCCAAUGUAUUUCCCAAUCCUUCUGUACACACACAUACUUUCCCUCUAUCCCUCUAUCCCUCUAUUCCCUCUGUUUCUGCUUCCUCUCCUCUCUUAGGGGCCAAAGCAUGCUGGAAUGUACUUUUUGUUUAAUUUCCUUAUUCCCAUCGGCAUGUUUGCACAUGCAAGACAUCAAAGGAAGUGUACAAGGGCAGCAAGAGGUCUCUGCCACAGGCUGCAAGUAUGUUGGGGUGUCAGAUAUGUCGACACUACUCUCUGGGGUUCAUUACAGCCUCAGGUGAGCCUCUUAACCCUUAAUCUAAAAGGCAGAAAAAAAGGUAUUCUGUCCCAUCCCAAUGUACCACACCCCUGCAGUCUUCUUCUCCUUCCACUUCUUCUCCAUCCUUUCCACCCCUCAUGCUGUGACUAAAGUGUAGCUGUUACUGGAAAUUUCUGAGACCCAAAAGGACAACCAUUAAACCUGAAGGUGCUACAUGCUAAUACUGCUGUCCAUUCAGGCUAAGGAAAGCUGGAAAACUGGAAGCAGCAACUGAUGUUUCAGGUUAGUCGGUUAUGGUAUUUGUUGGAGGACUGGACCAUCCUGUUUUUUGCUCAAGAGGAGAAAAGCUGUAACUACACACACACUGUAACUGAUGUUUGUGAAGUUCCUUCCUCGGAAUAAUGAACAGCUUAAAGUUUUUCAUUGCUGUUGCUAUGCUAUGUUUUUUGGUUGAAAAAAAUGUAAAUAUUUCUGGUUA